UAGUCUCUUCAGUUGCCCAUUAUAGUAGUAGAAGAUUGUACCACGCAGGCUGUUACAAAAUCCCCAGUACUUCUUGAGAAACACCAGAGAAAGCUAGAAGACGAGGCAAGUUCCUAUAUUUUAACCUUUGUGGUCAUGGCUAGAAGUCGCUUCUUGCCUUGGGGAGGGAUUUCCUGCUUGAUUUUCUUCAUGAACAUUCAUAAUUCAUCAUUCCAAGUCUCAGAUGUGAACAAAUGCCUGGAUACCAGGACCUGCCCAUCAACAUCGACUUGCACUAACACUGUGGGAAGCUACUACUGCACCUGUAAAUCCGGGCACACAUCCAGCACUGGGGAAAAACAUUUUAAUUCUUCCGGAGUGACUUGCCUAGAUGACGAUGAAUGCAAGAACCCCUCCAUCUGCCCACCUACAGCCAAAUGCAAGAAUGUUCCGGGAAGAUACUAUUGCAUCUGCAAUCCUGGAUUUGUGUCAACUGAUGGGAGAGAUCGGUUCACUGGCUCUGGAGCAACUUGCAUAGAUGACGAUGAAUGCAAGAACCCCUCCAUCUGCCCACCUACAGCCAAAUGCAGGAACACCCCAGGAAGCUACUACUGCCUCUGCAAUCCUGGAUUUGUGUCAACUGAUGGGAGAGAUCGGUUCACUGGCUCUGGAGCAACUUGCAUAGGAAUCAACCCUAUUUCUGCUGUCCCCACCCAAAGUACAUUUUCAGGAGACUGUAGACAACAGGACCAGAAAAACAGCAAGAGGAUUUGCUCUGACUUGGAGGAGAUAAAAAGUGUGUUUGAAGGAAGAAAUGGUACACUUUCUUUAAAGGAAGUGGCUAAUUCUUACCCUGAAGUCAGCAACAUCCUGAACGAGUCAUCUCUGAGAAGCAAGGAAGAAACAAACUUUUUAGCAAAGCAUUAUCUUCAAAGUGUGGAGUUGGCUGCAUAUAAAGCUGCCCUGGAGCAACCCACUGGAGGGACAGUGAAUGUACAAUCAUCAUACAUGGCUAUCAAAGCGCUGACCAUCAAGAAUGGCUGCCAAGAAGAAAAUGUGACAUUUAACAUUCAAACUGAAAAGGCAUCCAUGGACAUCGAUUGCACCGUCAUCACUGGAGGAAAAACCAGAGGUGCUGUGGUCUUUAUUUCUUAUGAUUCUAUUGGGCCCAUCUUAGAUGGCUCGUUUGUGGAUAAGGAAAACCUGGUUCUUGAUGAAAACUGGAAUCACUUUCAACUGAACUCCAAGGUGAUAAGCACCUCCAUAGGAUGUAAGGAGAAAUGCUCUCUGACCAUACCUGUGAACUUCACGUUUCAGCAUGUACAGAUGCUAGAGGAAAGCCAGAAGCCUGUCUGUGUCUACUGGGAUGAGACGGUCUGGUCGAAUGAAGGGUGCCAAAACAUCUUUUAUGACAGAAAUCAUACCAUAUGCAGCUGCAGCCAUCUGUCUACCUUUGCCAUCCUCGUGGCCUCAGUCGAGCUGGAGGAGAUCCAGAAGGAUCCUGUGCUGACUGUGAUCACCUACCUGGGGCUGAGCCUCUCUCUGCUGUGCCUGCUCCUGGCCGCCCUCACCUUCCUCUUGUGUCGACCCAUCCAGAACAUCAGCACCUCCCUCCACCUGCAGCUCUCCAUCUGCCUCUUCGUGGCCCACCUCCUCUUCCUCAUAGGCAUUGACUGGACGGAGCCCAAGGUGCUGUGUUCCAUCAUCGCAGGUGUGUUGCAUUAUCUCUACCUGGCCGCCUUCACCUGGAUGCUCUUCGAAGGUCUCCACCUCUUCCUCACUGUCCGGAACCUCAAGGUGGCCAACUACACCAGUGCAGGAAAAUUCAAGAAGAGGUUUAUAUACCCUUUCGGCUAUGGGGUCCCAGCGGUGAUAGUGGCUGUGUCUGCAGGACUCAAACCCCAUGGAUAUGGCACACCUACGCAUUGCUGGAUCAGGAUACAGGAGGGAUUUAUCUUUAGUUUCUUAGGACCCAUAGCUGCAGUCAUCUUGAUUAACUUAGUUUUUUAUUUGGUAACCUUAUGGAUUUUGAGAGAUCGACUUUCGUCCCUCAAUAAAGAAGUGUCCAAGAUACAAAACACAAGGAUGCUGACGUUUAAAGCCAUUGCCCAGCUCUUCCUCUUGGGCUGCUCCUGGUGUUUAGGCCUCUUUCUCGUUGAAGUUGUAAAGGAGCCCUUCAUAUCAAUCAUUGCCUACGCUUUCACCAUCACCAAUGUCCUGCAAGGGGUCUACAUCUUCCUGGUCCACUGCCUUUUCAAUCAGCAGGUGAAAGCAGAAUAUAUAAAGUGGUUUAGGGCGAUGAAUAAAGCAACCAGAUUUGACAUCUCUACAGUCUCUGCCCUUACCACCCACACCCAGGAGAUGGAAAAAUCAUCCUAUUUACCAAGAAGCAGCAGCAAUACUUCACUCUGAAAAUUACAGGAUGCUCCAUGUCCAUCAUCCCAACUAGCCUGGAAAAAGAAUAAGACAUCUGACUCAAAUAUCCAUGAGAAUGGCUUCAUCAUAUUAGUAGAACUGUUAGCAGAAUGUAGGCUUUUGUUGAGUAGUUUUUUUGUGCAGUGUUAUGCUUAACAGCCUUCUAUGUUUUCAGUUCAAGUAUUUUACACACAGACACGUAGGUUUUAUAUUUGAUGAGUUUGCAAAUAUAUGUACAUGGAUAUCUAUCAACUAUGUCAAUCAAGUCAAGUCAAGAUAUGGAAUGUUUGGAGUUCCCGUCGUGGUGCAGCGGAAAUGAAUCCAACUAGGAACCAAGAGGUUUCGGGUUCGAUCCCAGUGGGUAACGAUCUG